AGCAGAGUGCAACUUGCAAUCCGCAUCUCACGCAGCGCUCAGAUUCUGCCAUUUGUGCGUGUAGGAGGUGGAGAUGAGCAUAGACUGGUCAAGUUACGGCUGAUAAGGUGAUUCUUUUGACUAGAGGCAGGGGGAAGAAACUGGAUCUUUAAGACACACACACCACCAGCUGUCAGUGUGAAUAAAACAGUUUAUUUUUUCCUCAUCGAGUGCUACUGGCGGCGCAAUGUGGGAACAGGAGGAAUUCGCUAAACACUGGAAAAAUGAGUUUCCCGACGGGGAAGUUCCCCUAAUGGACCUGAAGUCGGUGGAUGACAUUGAGUCUGAGCUGGAGACAUGCAAAGCCAAUCUGAAGAGGCUCCAGAAGUCUCUGGCAGAGGAGAAAUUCAAGAUGAUCUACCUGCAGACCACCAUGGCUCGGCAGAAAAGAGACGACGCGGAAAGAUUUGAAGGAAAGGAUGAAAACUUUAACGCAGAUAAAUUUUCCUUCUUAAAAGAGAAAGAGAUCAGAAAAUCAAACGUGAGGGACGCUGAGGUGGAUUCAACCAGACUGCCCGAGCCUGUGGGCGUAAAAGUCCACGGAGGAGUGGUGCCUGCGCUGUUGGCCAGCUCCUUCUCCCGGGAGAGACCCAGGUUCAGCGGUAAGACAGGUAAGCCUGUCCCUAUCCCCGUGCCUCCGCGGAUCAGCAGCUUCCAGAAGCCUGCCACGGUUCUGGUCAAUGACAACGAAGACAUCAGUGACCGGGAAUACGAAGAUGCAGAGCUCAAUGAGAAUUUCGUCAGGAAUAACUUGUUAGCGCCAAAGAAUUUGUACCGGGACAACCAGAGGACUUCAAGCGCGCAGAGGGACGCCAGACGGCCCCAACGCCACAGCAGGGACUUGGACUCGGGGGACGAUGGCAGGCUGUCCCCGUCCUUCCCUCUCAUCCAGCGGAGACCAUCGCGGGGCUCUGGAUGCAGCACACCGGACAGAAGGAGUGAUGGGUACCUGAGCUCAGACCAUGAAGACUCCUCAUCAGUAG